AUGAGGUUACGAAGAAGACCGUCGCCUCUACUCUUGCUCCUUAUACCCGCACUCGCCUGCGCCGCCCGAUUAGAGAAAAGAGAGGAUGCUACACCCGUCCAGCAGGUGCCUCGAGAGGUGCUCACACGAGAUUAUACUGCCAUAUCGUCGAGGGCAGCUCUAUCGCCAACCGUGAGACCGGACCGAGGCACAAAAGAUGCGCCAGUUGACGGACUGGAUGGCAAACCCAAGAGUGGGCCUUUCGUCGACUACUCGCGCGACAGACCGAAGAAAGUGCCUGCAGUAGUGGAAGACCUGUCAGUGUCCGCGACGGCCUCUGCGGCCCCCAAGGAUGGCAAAUCUUCGAAAGUUCAAGAUUUCAACGUAAUGGACGAUCGCGAUUUGAAGGAAGCUAAAAAGGGCCCCACAGGGACUGAGGGUGGUGUGUCGGAAAAGGACAGGCAUCGCUUGGCCCAAGAGAAAGAGACGGGAGGCAAGGUGGAGAAGGUACCUGAUCCGCCGAAGGAGGCGCCGCCACUGCCGCACAGUGAGCAGGGAAGGAUAACGGACAGUGAGAAAGGAGACACGAAAACAGCGGAGGGCUCGGAAAAGAAGAAGGGAGCACAAGGAAUGGAGAAACCAGCCGACCUUCCAGACACACCCCACGAUAUCCCAAUGCCUGUACCUCCAAGUCUUCCGAAAGACGACGCCCUUAAGACUGAACCACCAAAAUCAAUCUCCGGUACAUCCCCGCCUUCACUGCCCGAGGAGGACACAGGCGGCGUCAUCCAACCCUUCCACUCCUUCGUUCUCGCCCUCACCAUGAUCCUAUUCUCCGAGGUUGGCGACAAGACCUUCCUGGUUGCUGCGCUCAUGGCAAUGCGCCAUCCCCGCCUUGUCGUCUUCUCCGCCGCCUUCUCCGCACUCAUCGCCAUGACCGUCCUCUCCGCGAUCCUCGGUCACGCCGUACCUACUCUACUACCUGAACGAUUUGUACACUUCCUGGCUGCAAUCCUGUUCUUAGUGUUUGGAGCCAAGCUUAUGAGAGAAGGCUACGCCAUGUCCGCAGACGAAGGCGUAGGCGAGGAGAUGAAGGAGGUAGAGAUGGAGCUAGAAGAGAAGGAACACUUGGCUCGUCGCAGCAGCCGCAGAAGGUCGUCCAUCUCGCCCUACGCCCUCGAGGCGGGUCGUGGUCGCCGAGAACGUUCGAACUCAAGGCUACCGGCCCCGGCGAGAAGUCCCUCGUCUUCGACUUCUCGCUCACCAUCACCGAGCGGCUCGUCCUUCAAGAACGCGCUGAGUGGCUUGAAUAAUCUGCUUUCUCUACUACUUAGCCCAGCUUGGGUGCAGACGUUCGUCAUGACGUUCCUUGGCGAGUGGGGUGAUAGGAGUCAGAUCGCGACCAUCGCGAUGGCGGCUGGACAGGAUUACUGGUGGGUCACUGGGGGCGCGAUCUGCGGACAUGCAGUUUGCACUGCCGCUGCAGUAAUUGGCGGUCGAGCUGUUGCGGGACGGGUGAGCAUGAAAAAAGUCACACUCGGCGGAGCAUUUGCCUUCAUCGUCUUCGGCGUUAUCUAUCUGGCCGAGGCAGCAUACUCCUCCUAG